CUACAAAGCGGCUUGUUCUGCUGAACGCAGCCAUUCGCUUUUGUUGCGCAUGCACUUUUACCGAAAUUUAAAUAGUGUAUACAAAACGUCCGACCAGAUGAGAAGGAAAGAUCAGAUGAGAUCAGAUUUUUGAUUCCACUGAAUUUCUGUUAUACAAGAGAGACAUGACAACAAGACUUCAAGAUUCCAAUAAACUACCGUCCGCACGUUGUCUUCGCGAUGUGUAUUCUCACGAUCUGCAAUUGUACAAGAACGUUCCGUUCGGGGAAUUAAUGCUGAACGAAUUGCAAGAACUGUGCAAGACCCGGCUCAUAGUUCUCACUUUGGUGGAACGUAUACAUUUACAAAAACAAAAUGUAUCUGUAUCACAACGCAAAUCUGUCUUGGUGGAAAUGCUCCGCCAAAAAGGACUGGACGAAUUUGCAAGAUUGAUCAGUAGCUCGGGAUGUAAAUCGCAUACAGAUAUGGAUUUAUGUGUCAGAAGAAGAGAUCAUAUAUCUCAUUACAUAUUGAGAUGUGCAGUUGCCUUUGAUAAAUGUAAGAAGCGUUGGUUUUUUAAGCAAGAAGCAAGGCUGUUUAAGUGGAGAUUUUCUUCAUUGGAUAAUGAAGGAUUGAGACAGUUCAUGUAUAUUAACAAUUUUGAUUUUACACCUAUCAGCCAAAGCGAAAAAAAAGAUAUUAAGGAAUAUCUUGAAAUGUCGUCCGCAUUCAUUAAUGACGUUAAUAGCGCACAAUUUUACAAAAUAUCUUUCUGCUGUGUACCUAGUUUAAUUAAAAAGCGUAAAGUUCUCGUUAUAAACGGCGAAGCUUUUGUGCCUCAACAAGAAAUGAUGUUUGCGUUUGUUCCGUACUUCAAAGCGAUUCUAAUAUCACGUUUCGAGGCUGCGAGAGAAGCUAGAGCUAAUUUGUACAAUGAUGAAAGAUUUACCAAUAUUUUUGCUAAGUUAGAAAAAAUUAUUCAUAUUGAAAAUGCUCUGCUAGUACAAGACGCAAUUGUGAAAGAAUAUGUUUCGCUUGAUCAAUUAGAUGAGCUUUCAGAAAUCUCUUAUCCUCUCUGCAUGAGAGUGCUUCACAAAGCGCUGAGAAAGAAUCAUCAUCUCACUCAUGGCGGCAGAGUGCAGUACGGUUUGUUUCUGAAAGGUAUAGGAAUUUCGUUGUCAGAUGCGUUGAAAUUUUGGAAAAACGAGUUUACAAAAAUAAUGGACGAAGCCGCGUUCAAAAGAGAGCAUAUCUAUCAAAUAAAAUUCCUUUACGGAACGGAAGGUGGUAGACGAGAUUAUCAGCCUUACAAGUGUCGAAAAAUCAUGGAAUCGGUUGUCGGACCCAGAGACUGUCACGGAUGCCCUUUUAAACACAUGCCGAGUAACACACUUGAAAAUGAACUUGCUGAUUGCGGUUUCAACGCACCAGAAAGAUCAACAAUAAUGGAUUUAACGAAGGACGGCUUGUAUUCCGCAGCCUGUACCAAAUAUUACAACAUCAAACAUGAUUGUAUCCAGGAUACUUUAAUUGAACACCCGAAUAUAUAUUUUAACGAGAGUGUAAAACAUCAUCAUUUGUGUCACGAUGUAAAUCCGGAAGUAGAAGAUAUACGUUAAUUUAUUGUACAAGAAACAUCUGGAGAAAUUGGAACACACUGUUAGGACCGUUGCAAGAUAUAUUUGUUACUGUAAGUUUUGUAUAAAUCCUCUCUCUCUCUCUCUCUUGUAAGUAUACAUAGUUUAAGUUAAAUUAUAAUAUAUAAUAUUGUUUUUUGUUUGUUCAACGAAACUGUUUCUCGAGAUAAUCACAAGUCGUUACUCGAUUGAUAUUAUCCUUUGUUACUAACUUAUUAUAUAUUGCGAGUUUUUUUUAUUAAUUCUUUUUGCUUCAAAUCAGAUUGUCUUUAUUAUCGUGAAUGAAUGAAUAAUCACAUAAGCACGUUUGUAAUGAAAAACGAUGGUAAAAAGAUUUGACCGAUAUUUUGCGGUAAAGUUAAUUUUUAGUAUCUGUACAUUUUUUGUUUUUUUUUUGUUUUUUGUUUUUAAUAGAGCAAUACACUCAAGUGCCUUUCGAAACUUACGAAAAAAACUUAGAGCAUAACAAACAGUGCAUAUGAAAAAUACAAGUUUAUGCAAUAUAUUUUUUUUUUUUGUUUAGUAAAAAUACUCUCCGAGUUAAAUAUACACACAUAUUUGUUGUUUUAUAAUUAAAAAUGAUUUAAUUUAAAGACGCAAUUAAUUCGAUAAGUUUCUGUUUUUAUCCCUUUUUUUUUUUUUUUUUUUGUAACAAAAUAACGGCUUAACACAAAAAUAGAAAAUAUCACAUCCAAAAAUAUUGCCACGACACAACACAAUACACUUCACUAUGUUUCAUGAUGUUUAUUCUGUAGAUUACUGCGGCGAUACGUAAGUACCGAAUAAUAUAUAUGUUAUGUACAUUCACAAGUGAUAAAAGUAACGAGCGAUAUUUAUGUACAAGUACACCGAAUUAUAAACACUUAACACUCGUCAUACCUUAUACAUUAUUUAGUCAAUUCGUAACGUUGUACCGUUGUCUUGUUUAAAUGCUAUUUCAAGCAAAAAACUACACAAUCGAGGAGCACGGAAAUUUUUUGGCACAAUUUGUCCUUAAUAAGAACAAAAAAAAAAAAAAAACAAAAAAAAA